CUUCACUCUCACGUCGCUUUCGGAAACGUUCAUUGGUGCUGCUGCUACACUGAGUCGCAUGUCGACCUGUGGGAAAAAGUGAAAAAAAAGUGAAAGAAUUUGUUAAAACGAAAAUUUGGAAACCUUUCUAAAUUGUUUAAAUAUAAAACAAAUAGAGAAACGAACGAAACAAAAACAAAUAAUUUAAAAAAAUGUCCGGAAUAAUAUCGAUAACAUCGCGACGUUUACCGCGUAAUGUACUCAGUCUGGGUAUGCAAGCGGCUCGUAGCCAAGAAGUUAAAAGUGCCAAUGUUGUUCGUCAAUAUGCCAGAUUAGCUACAGUCCAAGCUCAACUUUUUGCUGAAUCCCAGUCUGCAGUUACUGCCAGCAGACCUUUGGGCGUUAUGGCCAGCCAAAGUUUCCAUACCUCUGUUAGUUUGUGGAAUUUGGAAACCAUUAAAGUUCCCCCUUUUGCUGAUUCCGUAUCGGAAGGUGAUGUUAAAUUCACUUGCAAGGUUGGCGACUAUGUCAAGGUCGAUCAAACUGUUAUGGAAAUCGAAACCGAUAAGACCACUGUCGGUGUACCAGCACCCUUUGGCGGUAUUAUUAAGGAAAUUUUGGUCAGCGAUGGUGAUACCGUGAAAGCUGGUCAAGCUUUAUUCAAAUUGGAGAAGGCUGAUGCCAGUGCUGCCCCAGCUGCCGCUCCCAAAGCCGAUACACCACCUCCACCACCAGCAGCUAAACCAGCCGCUGCUGCUCCUCCACCACCACCAGCUGCCAAGCCAGCUGCUGCCGCUGCUCCACCACCACCAAAACCAGCAGCUCCACGUCCCCCACCACCACCACCAGCAGCUCCAACUGCCUCUAUUCCAUCAGCAUCUAUUCCACGUGCUCCUGGUGUAGUUCCACCACAGGUUAAGGUACCACCAAGCGAUUAUUCACGUCAAAUCACUGGUACUCGUACCGAACAACGUGUCAAAAUGAACCGUAUGCGUCUAAAGAUUGCCGCCCGUUUGAAGGAAGCCCAAAAUGUAAACGCCAUGUUGACCACAUUCAAUGAAAUUGAUAUGAGUGGUGCUAUGGCCUUCCGUAAGGAACACUUGGAAGCCUUCCAAAAGAAAUUUGGCAUUAAGAUUGGUUUCAUGUCCAUCUUUACCAAAGCUGCUGCCUAUGCCUUGCAAGAUCAACCCGUUGUAAAUGCGGUUAUUGAUGGUGCUGAAAUCGUAUAUCGUGAUUAUGUUGAUAUUUCUGUAGCCGUUGCUACCCCUAAAGGUUUGGUGGUGCCUGUUAUCAGAAAUGUUGAAGGCAUGAAUUAUGCUGAUAUUGAAAUUGCUAUGGCUGCUUUGGGUGACAAGGCUCGCAAGGGUGCUAUUGCUGUUGAAGAUAUGGACGGUGGUACCUUCACCAUUAGUAAUGGUGGUGUAUUCGGUUCCCUUAUGGGUACACCUAUUAUCAAUCCACCACAAAGUGCUAUCUUGGGUAUGCAUGGUAUCUUUGAGAGACCCGUUGCUGUUAAGGGACAGGUUGUCAUUCGCCCCAUGAUGUAUGUAGCUCUUACUUACGAUCACCGAUUGAUUGAUGGUCGUGAGGCUGUUAUGUUCUUACGUAAAAUUAAGGCUGCCGUUGAAGAUCCCAGAAUUAUUUUAGCUGGCUUGUAAAUUAACUCUCUUGAGCUAAACAUAAAAGUUUUCAAAUCUUUGUAGAACAAUGUAUAAAUUCUUUUAUGUUUGCUGUUGUAGUCUUGUAUACAAAAAAACCCAAAAAACACACACACACAAAAAAGUUUAAACAGCUUGCAUAUGAAAAUGAAAUGAAUAAAAGUCUACUACUUAAUCACUGGAAAACAAACCAAACCAACUUAAAAAAAAAAGUAAAAACUCUACAACACAAGUUUUAUUUCGUAAAUAAAAAGAUAAAUUUAUAAAACUAUCAAAA